GGCGCCGAAGAUGAAAUUCAAAACAUUUCCCUUGUGGCUUUUGUGUACAUCUGUGUUGUGUUUAUUGUGCAGUCACAAUUCUGUUGUUGUAAUUAUUACAGAGAGAAACUUUACAGCUAACGCUUUAACUGUGUGUUUAUAAACCGGGUGUUUAUAUAAGGAGCUGCAGAGCAGACUGGAGUUACUAUUGUAUAGUGUUGGAGGGAGUUCAGUCAAGUCAUGGGGGUGAAUGAUCUGUGGUCCAUCCUGAGUCCGGUGUGUGAAUCUGUCCCUUUGUACAGUCUCACGGGUCAGACUCUAGCUGUGGAUCUCAGUCUGUGGAUCUGUGAAGCCCAGCAUGUCCAAGGCAUGAUGGGUAAAGUCACAAAACCUCAUCUACGCAAUUUGUUUUUUCGCGCAUCGUCGCUUCUUCGGAUGGGGAUCAAGUUGGUUUUUGUAAUGGAAGGAGAAGCUCCCAAGAUCAAGGCAGAGACCAUGAGCAAGAGAACAGGACUGGCCUUCAGAGGCAGAAAAAAAAACAAGAGCGUCCAGAAACCAACAACAAACACCAGCAGGGGGCGCUUCAAAGCUGUGCUUAGAGAGUGUGCUGAGAUGUUAGACUAUCUGGGAAUCCCGUGGGUGACCGCAGCAGGUGAGGCGGAGGCGAUGUGUGCGUUUAUGGACGAGCAGGGUUUGGUGGACGGCUGCAUCACCAGCGAUGGGGAUGCUUUCCUGUAUGGCGCACGAACUGUCUACAGAAACUUCAACAUGAAUACGAAGGACCCUCAGCUCGACUGCUAUAAGAUGUCCAGAGUGGAGACGGAGCUGGAGCUGAAGCGAGAGACACUUGUGGGUCUGGCUGUCCUCCUCGGCUGUGAUUACAUCCCCAAAGGUGUUCCAGGUGUCGGAAAAGAACAAGCUCUUAAAUUAAUACAGAAUUUAAAACAAACAACUCUUCUACAAAAAUUCAGCGAUUGGCAGAAAACUGCUUCCGAGAUCGAGGAUUUUACCAUGAAGAAAGUGACCCACUGCCUGGUGUGUCGUCACCCCGGUUCUGCUAAAGCUCAUGAACGCAGUGGCUGUGUGUUCUGUGACAGUAAGAAGUUCUGUCAGCCUCAGGACUACGACUCGCAGUGUCCCUGUGACUGGCACCGCACUGAGCACGCUCGCCAGGCUUCCUCUGUCGAAAGCAUCGUCAAAAAGAAAACCCUGGCAUGUGACACGUUUCCUUUCACAGAGAUCAUCAACGAAUUUCUGGUUCCGAAGGACAAAACUGUUAGCGGUUUUAAAAGAAGGAAACCCAACCUCCUCCUCAUGCAGAAUUUUGCUCUGGACAAGAUGGAGUGGCCCAAACAUUACACCAGUGAGAAAGUUCUUGCUCUGAUGACCUACACUGAACUCACGAACAGAAGUCAAGGGACACAAUCGUCAACAUUGAUACGACCUAUUCGAAUAUACAAGCGACGCGUAAGGAACGGGAUCUCCUGCUUCGAAAUCCUGUGGAACAAACCAGAUCACUACGUGUUUCCCGAGGACUGUGCACAGGACGAGUCGGACGUGGUGAGGACUGUGGAAGAGGAAAACCUGUUCACUCUGGCUUUCCCAGACGUCGUCCAGCUCUUCCACAAGGACACCGCAGAGGCCAAGGACAACAAAUUAAAGAAAAAGAAACCAAAGGCGGCGAAAGAGAAGCCAGUCGUUUCUUCUGAUGGCGUGUCUGAUCUUUUUGCACAGAUGUCACUCAAAGGCGCUUCACGUCUCGAACCCCUCGUAUCCUCAAGGAAAGGCUUAACUGUUUUAGAGACUGAUUCUGAUGGCUGUACCACUGCCACAUCACAACUCAGCAAAGACCUGAACUGUCAGGAAGUCCAGCCAGCGUCCAAUCGUUCCACAUGUACACAACAAGCAGAGGCUCCAGCUUCACCCAGCCUUACAGGGACUUUAUCUCAGGCCCAGAGUUCCCUUUCAGUAUCUGUAGUGAUUGACGAGCUCCACUUGAGCAGCAUCGACUGGGACGCUUUGUCCUUCACUGCUUCUCCGUCUCCUCCGUCUCAGCACAGUAAAUCUGAUAAACCACCAGUGAACAAAUCAGAUGAAGAAACCAAAACAGAAGCCUUUACUGCUGUCCGAGCCGACCACGUAGAAUUAGCCGAUCAACACGCUGACAGACUUUCUGAGCGUUCGCUGAAGGAAAGAGUCCAUUUGAGGAACAUGAUGAAGAAAUCCCAAGUGCAGAGUGAUGGAUCUGGACAAAAAUACACUGACGGUCAUGAGCCUCUGUCUGAGAAGCCUAAAGCACCACCUCACACACAGCCAGAAACUAGUAGAAUUAACACUGAUUCAAAAGAAACAACAUUCACAAACAGGCAGCAGCACAAAGAUUCGCUCACUGUCCGCGUGCCACCGAAAUAUACAUUUGUUAAACCGAAGCACUUCAACAGACCGUCUAAUAAUCCUGAGCAGACGAAUAAAGAAAGUGUGUAUAAGAAAAGCGUCUGUAGAAGACAAGAGUCUACCGGAGACGAGAGCGACGUGGAGAAUCAGCCUCAAAGCAAACUGAAAACUGACGUCAAGCCGAAACCACAGACUGUACAAAAAUCAGUCUCGGUACAACAACAGCAUGAACAGGAUGAAACCAGAUGCAAGAUUUUUACAAAUUCUGUACACAGGACAGAAUCCACACCUCGGAAUAAACAACCACACAAUGCAGGCUUCUCAAGAACUAAUCAUCUGGUACAGACAUGUAGCACAAAGAGUGAUGAUGAUGAUUCAGACGCUUCAGUUUCUAGCCCUUUACCACUAACAGAGAGGUUAAAACUAAAAUUGAACAAAUAAACAUAAUGCCUUUCAUCACUGCUAAUAAAUAUUCUGGGUUUUUUUAAAUAAUGCAAAUUGCAAGGUGCAUGUUUGUGCUAAAAAUGUGCAUUUUAAUAAAGUUUGAGGACCAACCUGA